CUUUUUUUUGUUGUUGUUCUGAAAGCCGCACUGUCAGGCUGCGUCGCACUGCACCGCACUGCCGCUGCGCGCUGGCGCGCCCACUAACUACCACAAACGCACACACGCACGUCAGGCGCGCUCGCACAUGCACACGCGCGCGCGCCGUGUGGAACCGCCAGGCUCCACCCCACCCCGCGUAGCGCACAAUAGGAGCAGCAAGAGGGUAUAUUUGGGCUGCGCCGCGGUGGCUGGCUGGCCCCGGCGCCAACGAAUGACGGACCGACGUCCCUACGUAUUGGUGACGGCGCGGCGGUGUGCUGCGUGCGGUGAGUGCGUGCCUGUGCCUGGACUGCUGCUUGCUGCUCUGGAGUGGGUGGGUGUGCGGGGAUGCGGUGGGGAUGCGUUGGGUUGGGUUGCGCUGUGUGGGGUGGGUUGUGGGCUGUGGGCGCGCGCGCACGUGCGGUGCGGUGCGGUGCGUGCGUCUUGCGGGGCGGGGGCUCGGAGCGAUGGCAAGUGGGCACCUGCCUGCCUACUUUUUGUUUUUGUUUUUAGGGUGAGAGAACCUGAGGCGUUAGAGCACGCGCUUGGCGCGCGCCCCCGAACCAUGGCUUGCUUGAUCCUUCCUUCCUUUGCACGUGGGACUGCGGCUUGCGGCUAAGAACUAGGUAGGUAAUUCCUAGGAAGAGAAGAGGACUAGGUAGGUAGGUAGGUACUGGCUGGCUGGCUGCGUGAUGCGAAGGUAUUGUUGAUGGACUUGGAAAGGACUUUAUUUUUCCUCCUCUUCCGCUGUCAAAGCAUCUAAUAUGUAUAGAAGGGUAUCAGGACCAAUGAAAAAGACUAAAAGAAAAGACUACUUCAACAAUAACAAUCCUCCGCCUUUCAUCAUUACGCGGGUCUUUCCC